CGGGAAGCUUAGAUCCUGCCGUUUGCAGUAAGGACCCCCCUUGGUUGAAUCCAUUUUCUCAUACUAAUUAUUACUCAAAUAGGUGGUUUCUAGAGACCAACUUGCAAAUACAAGGGGGCUUCAAAAAGUUGAUGGAAAAAUGGAACUAAAAGGUUAAUAAUGGUUCGUAGCGGAAAAAAUGGUGACCUUCAUUGUAAGCAAAUUGCAUAUUAUAAGCGAACUGGUGAAUAUCAUCCAACUACACUGCCAAGUGAGAGAAAUGGCAUAAGAAGAACAGCAAAAAAAUUUGCCUUUAAAGAAAAAAAGCUCUUUUAUGUUGGAAAAGACAGCAAGCAAAAUUGUUUGGUAAUUGUUUCAGAAGAGGAAAAAAAGAAGGUCCUGAGAGACUGCCAUGAAAACGACACAGGCACGCAUCAUGGCAUAUCCAGAACCCUGACCCUGCUGGAGUCCUGCUACUACUGGACGUCCGUGGCCAAAGAUGUCAAACAGUGGGUAUAUGCCUGUCAGCAUUGCCAAGUGGCCAAAAAUGCAGUUUUUAUAGCAUCUAAACAGCUCAUUCUCAAGGUGGAAAAUCCAUGGAGUAUAGUGACCAUUGAUUUGAUGGGACCUUUUCAAAUGAGCAACAGAAGUCAUGUAUAUGCUACAAUCAUGACCAAUUUGUUCACAAAAUGGGUUGUGAUUUUGCCCCUCUCUGAUAUUUCAGCAUCUGAAAUUUCUAAAGCCAUUAUCAAUAUAUUUUUUUUAUAUGGCCCUCCUCAGAAAAUAAUAAUGGAUCAAAGAGAUGAAUUUACCCAUCAGAUCUAUGUAGAGCUCUAUGGAUUGUUUGGCACAAAACACAUUGUAAUAUCUCACGUCUCUCAAACUCUCAAUCCCACUGAAAGUAUACCUAGCACAAUCAAAACUUAUCUCUUCAAACACUGUGCUGACCACCCAGAAAACUCGGAUGAUCAUCUAUCAGCUGUUUCAUUUGCAUUCAAUAUAACUCACUUGGAACCUGCUAAAAACACACCAUAUUUUCAAAUGUUUAAUCAAAAUCCUAAUAUAACCGAGACUUCUGAUAGUCUUCAUGAAGUGGAUGGUGAUAAUACAAGUAUGUUUGCUAAAAUUCUAGAUGCACUUAAAGAAGUUGAUAAAAUAAUGGUGAAUAAGACAACUUCAGCAGGCCAGAUGGAGAAUAACAAUUCUGAUGAAGUAAAUAAAAGCAAGAUUGCUGCUGAAAAAAAGAAAUUAAAUCCAUUUCAUCUAAAAGUGGGUCAUGAAAUCUUAAGACAAAGGAAAAACUGGUGGAAGGACAGUCAUUUCCAGUCUGAAUGGGUUGGCCCUUGCGUCAUAGACUAUAUUACAGAGAGUGGAUGUGCUGUCCUGCGCAACAGCACUGGAGCUAGACUUAAAAGACCUAUCAAAAUGUCUCAUCUUAGACCCUAUGUAAGAGAAUCCACUGAACAAGACACUCUUUAUUUCUCACAAGGUUCAGUAGUACCAGAUCAUGACUACAUCGGGUUGCCUGAAAUUCCAGUUGGAGCAUGCCAAACAAAUAUUCUGGGAGAAGAUGCAACUAUUACUGUAGUGGAUAAUGAACUACUGACAUCGACCAAGGAGUAUGAACUACUAGAAUAUAGAAAUGCCAAAAUCUCUCCAUUGAUAGAAGAUCGUGGUACUCUUGGCAAGCAAACUUUCUAUCUGUUGGACUCUUCAAACCAAGUUCUUGUGUACUUUAGUUAGUAAACAUCAAAAUUAAUUUUAAAUACCUGUUUAUAAUGUAUAAACCCUUGAUAUAUAAUUUAUCAAAAAAAGUUGUAUAGAAUAAGUGACUUGACACAUUCUUGAUAACUAAAUCCGGAUGUUUCUAUUACAACUAUCCAAAAUUCUGACCAGGUUUGAAUGGUACCGCACAUAUACAAAGGCAGAGGAAGCACCUCGUGUAUAGAAUCCACUUCUAAAAUGAGAGGAAGGCAAAACACGCUUACAUCUGAGGAAGUAAAUUAAAUUGCUGCUCAAAACUCCAAAA